AUGAAAGCCAUGAAGAAACAGAGGAAGAGCUUCCAUCGUCCCACAGCAGGACGCGUAUGCCCCGAAAGGACAGACAAGGAUGUACAAGAAAACUUGAACAGUGAUGACGAGUUUUUCAUUUUUAACGACAAAGAAUGGGCGUUUCAUGAGCCUGUUAAGAUGAGUACUGUGGAACAAUAA